GUGCUGGUUGAGGUCGGAAACUAUUCGUUGACGCACUGGGAAGAGAGUUGUUUACAAACAAGAAACUGUCAGAAACAAAAACGAAAGCGUUGCCGUAAAUUAGCGACUGUAGCUAAACGUUAAUUUUCUCAGCACUAUGGAGACUUAGAGCUGUCUGUAACGAAUAUAAAAUUUAUCCUUGAGUAAUAUUUUGACGGUGUCUGUGGGGGCAGAUAGAUAAAGCUGAGCAGGUGCAGUGUCUAAAGUUACACAGAGGUGUUGGCUGUGGGCAGUCAGCAGGACACAUGGCAGAGGAAAGCAACAAGCUGACACUGAGGCGCCUGGAGGCACCGAUCCACAAGUUCAUUAAAGUGGCUCUACCCACGGACCUGGAGAGACUGCAGAAACACCACAAUAACAUACUGAAGUACCAACACAGCCAGCAAUGGGACCGCCUUCAUCAUGAGCACAUCAAUGCCAGCAGAACUGUUCAGCAACUGAGAGCCAAUAUCAGAGAGAUGGAGAAGCUGUGCACCCGGGUCCGUGCUGAAGACACCAACGCUCUGGAGGCGCUUGUUAAGCCAGUCAGGGACAGAGCAUCGGCCGCCGCGCAAGACUUCUUGCUUUUGCACUCUAACCCCGUGCCUCAGCCCCCGCAGUCGACGCCACCUGCCGCUCAGCCAUCCAGCUGUGUGUCCAGCAGUUGCCAUGCUGAUGACGAUGAAGGUGAGGAGCUGGUGUCCGGCAGGCAAAUACAGCUGCACCUUCCAGAAAUCCCUGCAGAUCAGAGUGCAGCAGAGUCCUGGGACAACCUGGAAGAGGACCUGAAGGAGCUGAGUGGUUUGGUGACGGAGUUCUGCCUGCUCGUCCAUUCCCAGCAGGAGAAGAUUGACAGCAUAGAGGACAACGUCAACACAGCCGCUGCCAACGUGGAGGAGGGGACCAAGAGCCUGGGGAAGGCGGUGGGCUACAAGUUGGCGGUGCUGCCGGUUGCCGGGGCGCUGCUGGGCGGUGUAUUAGGAGGUCCACUCGGCCUGCUGGCUGGGUUCAAAGCUGCGGGCGUGGCCGCCGCUCUGGGAGGGGGCGCCCUGGGGUACGCUGGGGGAAACCUGGUCCAGAAGCACCGCAAAGCCAGAGUGGAUCUGCAGAUGAAACAGCUGACAGCACCACCAUCAGAACCACCACCUGAACCAGAGUCAAGCAAAAACAAAUGACCCCAAUGGUUGCGGUUAGUCCACUGGACCUCAGCCACUGGCCAAUCACUGAGGCUCCUGUGUUUACUGACCAAUCACAAGCACAAACUAGACUCAAAGAGUACUUGACAUUGUUGCCACGCACUGCUGUUAGCAAGCACUGCUGGAAAAAAAUUAUGUAAUAGCAGCCUUAUUUAACAGUCGGGCACUUUGAUGUUAGGGUGUGAAUGGCGUUUCUGUGAAUCUAAUUUUAUACACACAAAUUUUUUUUUUUUUUUUUACUCUGGUAGGGCAAAGACAUUAUGUACACUACAGCUGUUAGUGUGUUUGGGUCAGCCUGACAAAGCCUGUGAGCACCUCUUACUUUAAGAAGUAAAUUACAUCGGUUUAACAGACCCAACAAUUCUGUUAAAUGCUAGUUAGUGUUCCUCAAACUGGCAUUUUCUUUUCCAUCAGGGUUUUCUAGUUUACUUAUAAUCAUGACUCAGUAUUUCUUUAUGCAGAAUGUAAAGUCCCAGUGUGAGCAGCUGUGCAACUGAGACUACAAGAAGAAUGAUGUGUGGAGAAAAUGUUUUCUUUCGUCUAACAUCACUGUGGUGUUACAUUUACUUAAUGAUGUAAAUUAUUGUGGCACUGCUUCAGAGUUUAUAAAGAUUAUACUCUAUGUAGAUACAGACUUGUUUUUACAAAGUGUUUAGAGCAAACAUUGCACAAAAAUACGCCAAAGUGCCACUGUGCAGAGCAUUUCAGUGACUGGAAUGUGAACCUGCCAUGUAUCGAUUACACUACUGCUGGUUUUCUGCCAAAUAAAAAUGUUUCUUUUCAACA